AUGAUUCAUCGUCAGGGUAUUUCAAGGGAUAUUGAUAGAGACAUUUCAGAUGAGGAGUUAAAAAAUAAAAUUAAAGCCUAUGACUACCACUGUAAAUUUACAGUAGUAGAAGUCAAAAGAUUAAAAAGGAAAAUUGUUGAGAAUAAUACUACGGUAUAUGUUCCAACUAAAAGUAUUAUUGUGACUUUUAGGGCACAAAGUUUACCUAAGUAUGUAGUUAUUAAUAAGGUAUUAAUUCCGGUCGAACUAUUUGUACAGAAAGUAAUUUUGUGUUUCAAUUGCCAUCGUUACGGGCACGUGGGUGGACAGUGUCGUGGUAAGUCUAGAUGUUUCAAAUGUCACGGUGAACAUUUAUCCUCCAAAUGCACGGAAAAUCCAAACAAUAAAUGUCUUCAGUGCAACGGAGAUCAUUUAACUACAAAUUUUCAGCUGUGUCCUGAAUAUCUGAGGCAAAAAACUAUUAAAGAUAUUAUGUCUCAAAAAAAUUUAACAUACAAUGACGCAAUUAAAUUAAUCCCCAAUAGAACAUAUGCAAAUGCAACUACUAGUGAAAAUAAAACAUUAAAUCCUCAAUUUCCCAUAGAAUUAGCGUCUCAAAAAGCUUUUCCACUCCUUCCAAGUCAAGCUGCUCUUCCAUAUUCUUCAGGUUUUUCGCAGUCUAGCCCCAUAGAUUCCCAUAAAUACACUAUCUAUAGAAAUCCAACGAAAAGGGCCAGGCCUCAAACACCUGAUCCUUGUAUUAAUGAAGCAAUCAAAAUAACUAAACCAAUUGAAAUCGCUAGGUUACAAGGGGGUAUUUUGAGUCAAGAAUCUUACCGAGAGAAUAUUAUUAAAACGAAUGAAAUGUCAGAAACAGAAACGAUAACAUUAGUAUUUGAAUUAGUUAUGGAUAUAUUAAAGUCUUUAAAUAGGGAUAAUAUUUUAAAUGUUCAACAGUUUGAAGUGGUUAAUAUUAUUAAGGACAGACUCAAUAAACAGGGAUUAAGCUCGCAGACAUGA